ACUUUCAAACUUUUUUCUCAGCUGUGGCUGGCUCUUUUGAGCAUCUGCCAUAGAUUGGUGACUCUUGGGUGUGAUUUACCUGAAUUUUCUCACCAUGGACCCAAACAGACAGGCAUGGUUACUGUCCAAACCUAUAGGAAUAGCUUCGGAAGCAUCUUCACUGGGACAGAACAUGACUAUCAACCCUGGUGCCUCCCUGCCUACAUUUGCAACCUUGCCUGUUCUCCCACCUGCCCCUCAGCCAGCACCCCAGUUAUUUUGGGAGCCCCCAGCACCCCUCGUGACUGCGGGCAUCUCUCCCAGGAAUCCUUUAGUCCUAUCUGCCUUGCCUGGGAUGCCUUUGGUGGCAGAAGAUGGAAGCACUACCCUGACAGCCGCUGUUCCUCUGAACAUUGUACAGCUCGGAACUCUAGGCCGCCCUGUCCAGCCUGUGCACAAUUCCAACAUUGUUCUCACUCAGGUGCCUCUCAAUUGUAACGUCCCUGGGACCCAAGGUGUGGGUAUGGGGUUCAUGACAACACCUGCUGCAAACAACUUCAUAAAUGCCCGAAUUGCUUCGGCGGUCCAGUCCCAAGAAGGAACAUGGGUCCUGGGUCCUCGCCCUCCCACCACACAGCAAGUUGUCCAGCUGGUUCCUGUCAGGUCUCCAGUGAACUCCGCACCACCUCCCAAAGGAGCAUAUGGAGAGAGUGGCCCCGCCAACACCCAAGCCAACUCCCCAGAAAACUACUUGUCCAAACCAGAUAGUGUCUAUGGGAAUUUCCGGCGCUGGCAACAUAUCAAGACACUGGUCCAGAGGCACCUGCCUCAGACCCCUGAUGUGGCAGCUUUCUCCUGCUUCCUCAUUCCAGUGCUUCGGUCCCUGGCCCGGAGGAAACCCACCAUGAAUGUGGAGGAGGGCCUGUGGAGGGGUCUGCAGGAAUGGCAGUGUUCAAGCAACUAUGACCGGAUGAUCUUCUUUGAGAUGGCAGAAAAGUUCACAGAAUUUGAGAGUGCAGAAGAGAUGGAGAAUUCAAGGCUAGAGGUAAUGAGAAGCAUCCAGUACCAAGUUGUUGCAACCACACCAAGGCAAGAUCCUCCAAGGCUCCCGGCUCCUGAGGUGGCUAAGGAACCAGAGUGCACUUCCAUGAAGACUGUCCACCAGACUGGCCCCGCCCACCUCCCAGAGCUCAGACCCCAGCAGUUAUGGAAGACUGAGAUGCCCAUGGAAAUUCCACCUGAAGCUGUGCACGAGUACAUGGAUAUCAUGGACUGGCUGGAGUCAUUCAUGGGAGAGGCCAAGGGAAAGGAGGAAGAUGAGAACAGUGGACCAGAGCAGGAAGGAGAUGACUUAUACUCAGACGCAGGACUCCUGAGCUACAUUGAUGAACUGUGCUCACAGAAACACUUUGUUGAGCAAGUGGAGGCCAUAAUCAACCCCCAGUUUGUGGCAGAAAUCCUAUCUACCAAACCAGAAAUGGACAUACUGGCUCUCGCCAAGGAGCUGGAGCAUGAGGAAGAACUCAUUGUUGACCAGCUGCUGGAGAAGCCCUGCCUGUCUUUGAAGAAGAAAGGAGUCGAGAGAGCACCCACAAAUCCUGGUGCCCCUCAGAUACCCGCCAGUACUUCUGUACCGUCUGACUGCCAAGAUGCAGAGAGAGAUGAGCAUGGUGUCCAAAGAGGAGCCAGUGCACAGACUGGUUCCUCACAAAUGGCUUCCUUAGACCAGCAGUGUCUUGGAGUCACCAGUGCAGAAAUAUGGGGGCCUAAGCCUGCUACGGUCCUCCCAAGUAAUCAAAGUUCACCCUCACUGGUAGACGUCGAAUACACUGGUAUUCCCUGUGGCAGAGGAACAUAUAACCAGAGCCCAGGAUCCAGAUGUGCAAGGAGCUUCAGAGUAGCUUCUGCUGUUGAGGACCUCCACAGGUCACUGGCCAGAACCACUGAGGACAAGGAGGAGCUCCACAGCCUGUCCUUCCUCCUGGCCUCCCAGUACAGGCUGGUGCCCUGGAGAGUACCUCACCAAGUGUGCCCCUACGCAGAUCUCUCCGACUCUGAGAGUAUCCCCAGACCGUGCCCAAAGUUAAGGGGCCUUAGCACUGAUCCGUGUCCCAUUGCCAAGUCAAAGAAGCGAGCUCUCUUUGGAAGCUUGGUUCCAAUGGCUAAGAGGCCUAACUUAGGCCCUGGUCAUGGGGUGUCUGAAGGGCCACUCUCAGCUCUGGAGUUGGCUCACCUCUCACAGCCUCAGAAGAGGAAGCAUGAGCCACUAGGUACCCAUAAGAGGAAGCGGAAGAAGAGGCAUUGAGCCUCCUGGGUGAUAUCCCCUUAAAGUGGGCAGAGAUUUCACCCUGCCUCGAAACCUAAAACCCCAGAGUGAGGGGAAAAAAACAACAACAGCUCUUGCUCAAUCAGGACUGAUCCAGCGGCUGCUAAGGGUGGAUCUAGAAGGUUAGAGGCACUGGGAAAUAAACACAGGGAUGAGGGGUGGGGAAGGGGUUAGGAGGGUGAGAUCACUUUAGAAGUUUUUAAGUUAUGGAAAUAAAGGUAGCUUCAUUG